AUGAGCCAGUUUGGUCGCCCGCAAGCUCCCUAUGAUUGGGGCGCUGGUGUGCGCGUGCGAGUGCAGCGGGCUUGUCAAGCGCCGUAUUUUAGCCUCUUUCGCGAGGAGAACACACGUCAAGCAGAUGCGGUGUACGAGGGCCGCUUGGGUCGUGCCGGCGCUGGCGCGUAUCCAGCCAUUAAAGACGACGGGCCGCGUCUCUUGUACUUUCCCUACAGAAAUGCCGAGUCGGUGUACUGCACCACGGCGGAGGCUGCGGGCGUAGCACCCGAGGUGGUGACGCUGAUUGGCGCCACUGGGACGGUGGGCAAGUUCGUGGCGGAGCAGUACCUGCGCCGCGGCGUUAGUGUGACAGUCCUGGUACGCGAUACUGAAAAAGCUAAGUCUCUUUUUCUGCCAAUUGCGGAUGGCCAGCGUGAACGAAAUCGAUCGGCCUCCAUGGGGUACAUGUACCUCGGCGGUGCGGCGGAGAAGCGUGAGCUGACGGAGUCUCUCGACUACAGAGAUUCACGGCGGGGGGAUCGUCACGUACUGCGGUACGAGUUUCGCACCUCGCAUAGUGUUGGGGGCUCCAGCGCCGGUAAUGCUGACAUCAGUGGCAACCAGCGUGUCACGCUGGAGCUUAUCGAAGGGGAUGCGGGGUCAGCGGAGGACCUCGAGUUUUCGAUGCGGCACGCAAGCGUCGUGUUCUACCUUGCCGCUGCGAUUGAAGAGGCGCCCAGUCCGGCGCUACGGGCAGACGGUUGCCCUAGCUCCUCUGCUCCAUGGUGGAGCCCCGGGUCGCGGUUUGGAAGCGGCCGGCGUUUUGGCAGCUUCCUGCACGCCCUUGACGCCUGUCGCCGUGUCGACGCUCACUUCGUCGUGCUGACACCGCUGUGGGUACGCGGGUCGCGUCUAUCGCCGCUUUACUGGUACCGGCGACUCGUGGCAUACCCGCGUGGGUACUGCAAGGCGGUGCAGCUGCAGGAGCAAACGCUGCUUAGUCAGAACGGUAGCCCGAACGUGCACUGCUACUUUGGCACGGAGGAGCUGGAGGAACGGCAGUCGGGUGGUGCCUGGAACAGCUGGUGGCGCAUGUGGCUCUCGACGGAGCCACACGGCGACCUUCUGAAGCUGCGCAGUCCAGUACGCUUUUCACUUUUCCGGCUCUCUGACAUCGUCUUUCCAAGUUUCAACGAGCGCAUCGUCGCUGCCAAGAACAACCGCGUCGACGACGACUUUCACACCAAGCCCAUUCAGCAGGGUGAUUUGGACGCACGACUCCUGGCAAACGUCUUGGUGAAAUCUAUUGGACUCUGCAAUUCCGUUGUAGCGAGCCGCAUCGACGUUGGUGGGUGCAUGCGGGAUGGCACAGACAUGCGGGAUUCCAGCGCUGUCUUCGAUCUCUUUGAGCAGCUCCGAAAUGAGUAG